AGAGAAAGGGAGCCGAAGAGAACCAAGUUCUUGUUUCAAAACACACACCUUCCCUUAUGACUAAGUGUGCCAGGAAAUAUGGAAAAGCAACUGUCAGGCAGAUGACCAUGGAAAUGGUUGAAUCACAACAGGAUGACAAUGCAGUGGAUUCUGUGCCAGAGAGAGAUGCUAGUCACCUUCAGAAUCAGCCAGGCCGAAGUCAGAUUUCCCCAGUAUCUAAGGUUUCUGUAGCUGCAUCAAGUGCUGGAAGAGGAUCUCCAGCUGUAACUCUAGUGCAGUUGCCUUCUGGUCAAACUGUUCAUGUCCAGGGUGUCAUUCAAGCCACACAGCCCUCAGUCAUUCAGUCACCACACAUGCAAGCUGUUCAGGUAGCAUCGAUUGCAGAUGAAUCUGCAGAAUCAGAAGGGAUAAUUGAUUCUCAAAAACGUAGGGAAAUACUUUCAAGGCGGCCUUCAUACCGAAAAAUUUUGAAUGAACUAACAUCAGAUGUUCCUGCAGUACCAAAGAUUGAAGAAGAAGAAAAGUCAGAAGAUGAAGGAGCGCCUUCUGGAAUUUCUGCAAUGGCCAUGCCAACCAGCCUGUAUCAUACUAACACAGGGCAAUACAUUACUAUAACUCAAGGUGGUGCAAUCCAGAUUUCUAAUCCGUCCUCUGAUGGUGUCCAUGGACUACAGACAUUAACAAUGACAAAUUCAGGAGCUCCUCAGCCAGGUGCUACCAUUGUGCAAUAUGCAGGACAAUCACCUGAUGGCACACAACAGUUUUUUGUUCCGGGAAGCCAAGUUGUUGUUCAAGCUGCCACUGGAGACAUGCCAGCUUACCAGAUUCGAACUCCCACUACUACCUUACCUCAGGGAGUGGUAAUGGCAGCCUCACCAGGGACGUUGCAUAGCCCUCAGCAACUGGCAGAAGAGGCAACACGCAAGAGAGAGCUGAGACUUAUGAAAAAUAGGGAAGCUGCUAAAGAAUGUCGACGUCGGAAGAAAGAAUACAUAAAAUGUCUGGAGAGUCGUGUUGCAGUGCUAGAAGUUCAGAACAAGAAACUUAUAGAGGAGCUUGAAACCCUAAAAGACAUUUGCUCUUCCAAAACAGAUUAGUAAAAAUAUUUAUUAUACUGUGAACUGACGAAAAUAUGUCCAGUUGCUUUAUAAAGCAAUACAUAGCCAACAUAAAUUAUGGCUUUCUCUUUGUGUCACUUAUAUUCCAACUCCUAACAUUCCUGAAAUGCUUUCCUGCUUUUUGUCAAUUCAUUGCUCUAAUUUCAGGUUUUUCAUGCUCCUCCCUUCCAUCUCCCAAGGAGCCAAAUGUUAAAAAAAUGUAACAAAGUAAAAAAGCGCAUAAUUUCUAAGAGUUGUUUCUUUGCCAUAUAUUUACAUACUACUUUUUACAUGUUACUGAGUGUCCUGCACAUACAAAAUAUUUUACAAUUGUUUUAAAUGAAUCAUAAAGAUAAUGCAUCCAGUAAUACAAGAAAAUCAAACAACCCAAGGUAUCUCAGGAAAGAGUUUAUAAAAGAAUGUUAUGAUUACAUGUAUGUAUUAGCAUACUAGUCUACAGAUGAUUUUAUGGCAUAUUUUUAUAUUAGUUGCUUUGUGGAAAAAAGUAUUGUAUGCUGUCACUGAGUGCCAUGGUUAAAGAUAGUUUUUAAUAGAACCAUGUUGUUUAA